AUGCCCCGGACAGCUGAGCGCGUCCAGCGAUGUGGCUACCACCUGAGCGCCAUGGCCACCAUUGCUCGCUGGCCACCCGAGCAACGCGGGGUUGCCGUGCCGCGGGCGGCAUUGAGGCAGAACCACAGCAAGUUCGAGAAGCGACGCCGGGACAAGGGCAUCAGCGAGAUAAUAUUCUUGGUGCAAACGUGUAAGGCCAUGUCCCAGAAGCUGUACAAGGUGACUGCACUCCGCAUGGUCGUGCAGCACAUUAUUACCAUUCGUGGUUCCAUAAUUUCGUACACGGAAGGGCACUACAAGUCCCCAUGGUUGUCAAACGAGAACGUCAAAAAUGUUUUUUUGCAGUGUGCUGACAGUUUUCUGUUCCUUGUGAGCUGUGACCGCAUCCUGUUUAUGUCGGAGUCGGUGCAACAGACGCUCAACUACACUCAGGGAUAUCUCCUCGGACAAAGCUGGUUUGACGUUCUGCACCAGGACAUCGCCAAAGUCAAAGAGCAACUCUCUUCGUCGGACCUGUGUCCGAAGAAAAGCCUAUCGAUGCAACGAGAGUUUCCUCCGCAGCCCAGCAGGCUGUGUCCUGGUGCUCGUUGCUCCUUCUUCUGUCGGAUGAAAUGCAAGACGCAGGCGACCGUCAAGGAGGAGGCCGACACCACGACGGGAGGCCAGCGAUGCCGAAAGUUGCACAGCUUUUACCGCCGAUACUCAGUCAUCCACUGCACUGGCUACCUCAAGUCGUGGGCAUCCGCCAACCUCAGUUUGCCCGAAGACGCCCCAACGGAUGACAGCGAAGGCUUCGUGAGUCGGGGCAACCUGACUGCCGGAAGUCAAGGCAACAGUGAAAGAAACGACGAGGCGUCCAUGGCUCAUCAUUCCCAUAUUGUCACGGCGGUCAUCAAGAGCUUGCUGCAAGCGGACGCUGGACUUGGUGAACCGGUGGACUUCAGUUGCAUGCCGUAG